AUGGCUUCGCCCGCACAGGCGCUCGCAGACCUCCUCUCCAAGGCGCGCCUCUCGCUCCACAUCCCCGCCUCGCCCACCUCCUCCAAAUCGCUCGUCUACUUUGACGACAUCCUCAACGUAGAGAUCGUCCUCUCCUUCCCCGCAGAUUCACUCUUACCCGCACCACGUAUCGCAUCCUCGCAUCAGCUGCCUUUGCCCUCGCUGCCUUCGCCUUCCCAGCCGCACAGCGACGACAUCCCCGCAUACCUCGGCGCCCUGCUUGCAUGCCUCCACGUCAACCUAGCCACAGACUACGUGCCCGAGUCUUCGUCCGAGUCCGCUGUCGCUCAAUCCAAGUCCACCAACCCAUACGAGCCACUUUCCACCGUCCAGCUUGGCUUCGAGCAUCUUCAGCUCCUGCCUUCGCACGCCGCACACUCCAACCCCGCAAACGCUGGCCACGCCGCCGUCCGCGCCUUUACCAACUCGUGGGCGGGCAAUCAGCCUCCACAGCCCCAUCGCACGCUCAGAGACUCACCAGACUCGUCCACCACAGCCUCCCAUCGCGCACGUCUCGACUACGAUGCCCGCAACUGGAACGUCCAUUGGCACUGCCGCGUGCCCGUCAACUUUAUCGCCACGCCGUUUGCGCCGUUGCUAGCCGUCACGGCUGCGCUUACCUUACGCCUCGAUGGCGGUAUUCUGGAGCACUACCUUCCGGCCAACACCUCGCGCAAGUUUGUUCGAGCCGGUUUCGAGCACUCUCUGCUCGCGCCGCUACACGAGGGGCCCGUGUAUCCGGACGAAUCGCCCACCCAAAGCCAAGCACGUGCUACAGCAUCGGCUGCACUCGGACUCGACGGGCCCAACGGUCUCGGAUGCUUCCUCGCGCAUCUGCCAAAAGAGACUGUUGGUGGCAACAAUUCGGUAGUCACCCCCCGCUCAGGCGCGGCGGCACUGAGCUCGAUCCAUCAACGGCGCAACCAGGCGCUGUCUCCCGUGCUUGCCGAUGCCCAGCAGUCGUCCGCAAGGGCCGACAGCAACGGCGAUCUCGCCGCGCUCUCGGAUGGCACCCAAAUCAGCUCAGCAGCCGCGCGGCAUGCAAGCCAAGCUGGAGCGCAAGACAAGGCGGGUCUGCACAUCUACAAGCGCAGCACGCGCGCGAUCCUGCCGCUCAAGACGGGUCUCAAUGUGCGUAUGCGCACGCUCCUCACCCAGCACAAUCCUCGACUUGGACGUCGCCAUCGAGAUGCAGACGAGAUGCAGACCAGCAGGCUCGUGCUGUGUGUCGAGCUCGAAAACCCGCUCGAGUCGCCGUCCGACUUUGUGGUCAACGACAUCCUCAUCAAGAUCGAGCAGCACAGCCAGGCGGGUAAGGUGAGCGCCACGCCUCUGCAUGCGCUCGCCAGCGUGCUUCCCAUCCACCUCGAUCCAGGUAGCCAGCACAACCUGCUCUUCUACGUCGCAGCCGAUCCCAGCUCAAACGCUCAAGGAGGUGUGGUGUCAAAGAUGGCGACACGCAACGUCAACAUCACCAUCAGCGGAAGGCCAAGCGGUGCGUAUGACGACUUUGACUCGCAGUGGAACUGCAACCUUGAACUCAGCUCCGUGCUGGCCGAUGCGGCCAAGGUGGCUGGAAUCGCCAACGUGGCACGACCUGCAAAGGAGAGACCGAGUCAGAUCGGGCAGGUGGCCGGAAAUCCGCAGUACUCGGCGUCGGCAUUGCGCGACACGCACUUCGGCGGAGGUGGACGAAGCAUCUCGAUGCAGUCAGGCGUGUUGGCAGAGAUGAGGACGCCAAGACCGGGACAGCUCGGUAUGGGAUUCCCCUCGCGCCCGGCGCAACGCCACCUCUCAACCGCCUCGAUUGGUGCCCCACCACCAGUUUCGGUACCAACAGGAUUCUUGGAGAAAGCCAAGCAGCGUGCAGCCAAUCGCAACUCGGUCAACGCAUCACGCACCGAGCCCAUCUUCAAGCCGUGGACAGCCAUGUCGUCUACAGAUGCGCAGUCCGAUGGGCUGGUAGUGCUAUCGUCCAUCCGACGACCCCAAAUCAACGCGCACGGCCAAGUGUCCUUCCACUCGAGUCUCGGCCAUGAUGGCGUGGCGCGUCCGAGCAUAGCCACGGGUGCCAAAGCCGUCGACCAGAACCGUCUGCAGUUCCAAUCCGGCGACACGGCGAUGCUCCAACUCGCGCUACUAUCCAAAGCCACCGCAUCAAUCAGCAACGUUGCGUUGACUUGGGUAGCUCGUCCCAACCCCAGCUCGGAGAACAAGAGAGACUCCACGGACAAGGGUCGACUCAUGGACGCCGAUUCGGCCCGCCUCAAAAGUGCACUGCUAUCGGCAAGGGCGGACGUAUCAAACGGUCUCGUCCCGGUCUCAACCCAGGUCGAUCUGCAAGCGUCCAUCGGCCCAGGUCAAACGGCAAAUACCUCCCUGGCAUUGACGUGUUUGUCGCCCGGAUACCAUGUGCUACCACCGCUUAAGCUCGCGUACACCAUCACAACUCCCGCUGGUGCAGACGCGAAUCACUUGGUGCUGCUCGACGGUCUGGGCAGUGUCCACGUCGUCCCCGCUGCAGUCUAG